AUGACCUCGUCAAUUGUCGCAAAAAAUUUUCUCUCGCAUAUUGGCUUUUCGCAUUCCAAUGCAUCUGAUCUUAUGAAUAAAUUUGGCAAUGAUAUGUCACGUUUAAUGGGCACAUCGCAUCAAGAACUUAUUGAAAAUUCUCUCCCACUUGAUCUACGCCUCCGACUGUUACGUGCGAUUCGUUGUUUUCAUAGGGAAAAAUGGUCGAAAUACUUAAUGAAUCACAUUUCGAGUCUCCAACAGCACGAUGCAUUCGAAAAACUAGUGUAUCAUCUAAUUAAAUGCCACAUCUGGAUUAUGUAUGCAUGUUGGACAGUGAAUUACAUCCGAAAAUACCUCGUCAUCAUGGAUCAUACCGAUCAUCAAGCACUUGGACUUCUGUGUGAUAAACUGCAAUAUUUAAAGCAAACUGUUGUUCAACUCAAUGAAAUGAUUUCGGUGAUAAAAAAACAUUUGUCUUAG